GGGUCGCGCGACGGGCCCUCGGCUCGCCAGUCGGCACACCGCCCGGGCGGGCGCCACACGACCGGAAUCUGCGCGAGCGGCGAGCGACCACGCGAACAAAAAUAAUUUCAGUGAAAUAAACACAUUCGCCAACGAACGCUGUAACAUGCGAGCGCUAGAUUCUGUGAAAAUAAUUCGAGCAAAGUGAACGAGUAUCGAGUGCAGAACACGAACGACUGACGGUGCACAACGAGAGAGCGAUUACUGCCUCUCCCACGAAACGAUUCGAGUCUGGAGCUGGAGACUCUUCGGCCCCUCGAAAUAUAGUAGAGAUCGCUCGGUGACUGUCAGGCACAUACAAUCCUGCACUGCUCUUGUACUGUACUUAGUCGUACGCUAAACGAACAAAUCGAAAAACCUCCAUCUCUCUGUGGCCACGGCAGAUGGAGCCAAAAAACUAAUUUAUAUAUGCAUAUAUAAAUCGGAGAAAAGUGAUCUCUAACGUGACGUCACAAUAAGCAUUGUGAUUUUAACUUUUAAAUAAUUAUAUAGCUUGGUUUACUACUCGCAUUUUUGUGUAUAGCCCGUUUUAUAGCAAUUUUAUUGAACUUUGUAAAUAGUAAAAAAUAUAUUUAACAAAAAUAAAAAAAGAGUGUGACAUUGUGUAAAAGUAACUAUAAUACUAGUCAUUCAUCUAGUGUAUUUAUUUUGUUAAAUGGGUCUUGUAAUCUAUAGUUAGAAUAAAAUAACUAUUGAUUAGAUCAAACUAUUUAUUGAACAGUAAUUUAAGAGAAAACUGAAAACAAAAACGCCAGAGCGCAAUAAUUUACCAAAGAGUUUCACUUAAAAAAAAAAACAAAAGCGUGUGUUAAUCUGUGGAGCAAAAAGUUAGUGAGGAUCCAUUCUUGCUGGAAAAUAUAAUCUGUGAUUGAGCAAGAUGCAGACGCAAGUGGGAGUGGGCAACGGCAACGAAUUGCAGCGUAGCUACAGGAUGCAGGACUUCGCGUCGCCUGGCGUCAUCAUGCGCGAGCGCAGCUUCAUACGCCCGCAGUCGCACCACAACAUGCACCACAAUCAGUUUCCCAACAAUGGAAAGCGAAGAAGCAUGAUCUUGACCAAUGCUAAAGGGAAGCCCACACUUGAGAUUUAUAGACCUCCAGGUGUCCGCACAGACGCCGCGCCAGCCGGAGCCGCGCCGACCAACAAGCUGAAUGUCCACGCCAAGGAGUUCACCAUGGCCAAGCCGAGCGACCUACAGAAUAGGUCGGCAAUGGGCCUAGGGUACGCGAGCGUGGGCCUGCAGCACUCGCGGUCGGCGGUGCUGCACGCGCAGGUGCCACCGCACUACCGGCCCGUCAUGCCGCCGCACGUGCUCAACAGCGACGGCAACGGGGCGCACGCGCAGGUUGGCCCUCGCGUGCACUUCAAACUCCAGCCACAGCAAGGCGUCGUCGCGGAGAAGAAGAAAUCCCCGCCGUCUUCCCUGACCAACGGCAACGGGAAAAGCGUCAGGCCUCAGUCCUUCACUCCCGGUCUGAAGCGGUCCAAGUCGCUGACGUCAGCUGACGCGCUGGCCAGUGGCAUGGCAGCGCUGGGACUGGCGGCCGACGCAGGGGAUCUUGGCACUUUCCCGCCAGAGAUACAGGAGUGCAUCGAUAAGGCUCUUGAAGAUCCGAACGCAGUAAUGGCGCGCACACUAAUGGACGCCGUUGGGCACCUGGUGUCGCGCGCGGUGGAGUCCCCGCGGUACGCGCUGCCGGCCGCGCGCCGCUGCAUCGCCGUGGUGGAGCGCGAGACGGGCGAGACCUUCCUCGAGUCGCUGCUCAACACGUGCCAGCAGUGGUACCACGACCGCGACAAGGUGAGCGGGAUAUGCUGAGACAUAGGUACUGUGCUGUGACAGCGAGGCACACUGUGCUGUGACAGCGAGGCACACUAGGCCGCCGGGGGCACCUGGUGUCGCGCGCGGUGGAGUCCCCGCGGUACGCGCUGCCGGCCGCGCGCCGCUGCAUCGCCGUGGUGGAGCGCGAGACGGG